GUGACUGUAGUGUAAAGUAAAACCCCACACUCACGGUAAAAACAAAAAGAAUAAUAAUAAUAAAAAAGCUCUUUUUAUUUCUUUUUUUUUUUAUGUUGCUCACGUUUUAUUUGAUACAAAAAAAAAAAAAAAACCAACCUGUGUGAAUAAAGGUGACCGCUAGGCAAAAUAAAAGAAAUAGCCUUUUGUGCACAAAGACGUACAGACAUUUUUGACAGCUCAUAAUGUAUAAAUUGUCGUUAGAAAUUGUGUUUUUAUAGUUUUUUUGUUUUCUUUACUCUCUCUUCCUAACUGUUGCAGUGGUUUUUUUUUUUGUUUGUUUGUUUUGUUUGUUUGUUUUCCCCCUUCUCGGGAUAUUGUCUGUAAACCCUUGACUUAUUAAAUAUAGAUUUAGUGUUGUAAUAAACUGUUUACUGGGGCUGCUUGUUCAUAUGCUGUAGACUUCCCCCCCCCCCUCCCCAUGCAUUCCUCCAACUCCUCAGUCCCAUUCAUUUAUGUUAAAAUGUCUGUGUCCCUCAGGUUCUUUUUCAUAGUGGAUUCUAGAACGUUCUGUGGCAGCUUGGCCAGUGCCGACUUGAGGGAGAGAGGGCUUUUAUGGUCUGUGUGCAGGGCGCCUGUGCACUGCUGUGAACCUUUUCACAGCAGUGACUCAAAAAUGGAAGAGAGAAAAAAAAAAAAAGGAACCAGUUUGGUUCUGGAAAUACAUGCAUUUAUAGCGAUUUGUUGUAACACUUGUUUCACAAAUCUUACAAACCUUACCUUUUUUUCUGUCUGUCCUGUGGCAAGAGGCGUGCUGGUGUGCCUCUGUGCGAAAACACUGUGAAUUUGCCGGAAAGUCUGGCGUGUCGAUCAUUUGAACACCCAAAUGUAUAUAUUUGCUGUGAACAUUUGAUGUGAUAACGUUCUGUUUUAAUGUGUUUUUUGGGGGUUGACUUAUGACUGCUGACUACUUUAUAUGUGGUGGGGUUUUUUUUAGGGAUGUGCAGAUUUGGGGGGUAGCUAUGGUACUUGGACACAGACCAUACCAUUCCGCAAAAGUAAUUUGCGGUAUGCAAGAGAACAUGUGACUCGUUUUUAUAUAAGAUGCCUUAUUACGACAACAUGCUACGGUCUUAAGAAGUUUCCGUUUUUUUUAAAAGAUUUUCAGUGUUAAUGCAAUCGAGCAUUUACCGAACGUAAAAUUUUGGUAUUUUUGAAACAUUUCGUCGAUUAUUUGAAUUUUUCUAUUGAAGUGAAUUGAAGAGAUGAUAAUUCUUAGUACAUUGAGGAAGUUCUUGAAUGGUCUUUCCCACUUAAUUUAAUCUGCUCAGCAAUGUUUUGAAUCCAUGUUGUUAUUUUCAGAUAUUAGAUACUGGCUAACUUAGUUCUUUAACUGAAUUUUUUUUUUUUUUUAAACACCUAUGGAUUUCCCCCAUAGUAUAAUCAUGGCAACUACAAGGUGAAUACCAAAAAUUGGUUUUGUAUUGACUUAAUGCCUUCCAUUUGUCAAUGUUGUAUGUCCGUUCCAUAUUUUUACCAUUGUUUUUUAUUCAAAUUCAGUUUCACAAGUAAGUGGUGAAUUAAGGGGUAUUCAGUCAUUGAAAGUGUAAUUUUGGGGGUGUGAAGUGAUCAGAAGCCAAAGCAUAAGAACUGUAAAACUAGAUGCAGUUAAGAGAGCAUUUUCUUAAUAGUGGGUUUAAAGGCAGUGGGUGUGGGUAGAGGGCGGAGCAUGAGGGCACAGCUCCAAGCCUCAUGCAGCCAAUCCGGUGUCUGCAUUCGAGACUCUUGUGAUGUCACACCCAGUGUCUGUUCAGGAUUUGUUCACUGCGCCCAAUGACACACACUUUACAGUUGUCGCUUUUUAAAAGGCACCAGUUGUGUCCUUUUGCUACCAGUAGGGUGCGCUACAAUAAGAAAUCUGCCCACUCAAACCCUUAUUUGUAGGUCACAGAAUUGGAUAUUUCUCCUGAUGUCUCAGUUUUAGUUAUUUACUUUUUUUUUUAAUUUGGAGAAAAACUUGUUUCCCAACAUUCUGCCUUUAGUUAAAUUUGUAAAUGGCAUUAAUUAGCAAGAUCACUGGAUUAAUUCAACCAAAUGCCCUUCUAGACCUCAAUCCUGUACAUAAUGGUUAAAAAAAAGCCAAAUUCAGCUUCUCUACUUUUGUCCUCUUUAGCUUGUAAAUACGAAAAGUCAAAGAACAAUUGCUUGUUUAGAUAUUUCCUGAAGGGUUUUAUUGUGGCUAAAUUUUUUUUUUUUUUUUUUUAAAUAAGUUUGUCCAGUUUUGUUUUUGAACAAAGUUUACAAAGUUUGAUAGGGCUCGUGGGCUUCUUCCAUUGUAACGUACAGGAGAACGGGAUGGGCAUGCUUUUUUUUUUUUGUUUUUUUUUAAAGAUGCACUGUCCUGUUUUAUCCUAAAUAAACUAGAUUUUGCUACUUGGGAACAAAGAAAUUUUUUCUGAAAGUAUUUCCCCUGCUUGCCCCUCAGUGCCUGUUUCCAGACCCAUUUGCUGUUCGAGAGGGUUCUUGUUGACAUUUCUGUUUUAAUUUGGCCUGAAGUGGUUUAUCCAGGCAUUUACUCACCUGUGUAUUUGACAUCUGUGGAUGAUUAGGCCCUUGUGUAGUUUUUUUAUAGUGAAAAUAUUCAUUGAAGCACAUGUUUUAAUGUUCCUGUUGACUGUAUACAUGUGUUCUUUCUGGUAAUCCAGGGGACUUUGAAGUUUUCAAAGUGGUCUUCCAAUUCUGUUUCAGUGUGGAAGGGACACACGGGACCACAGAAAGCAUCUCUAGAGCUAGAGUACCGAUCUAGAAUCUGUUUUGCCAAUUAGCUCAUAAUAUGAUAAGGUUAGGAUAUAGACAGGGGAAAUCUGAUCCUAGAUCAGCUCUUCUGCUCUGGAGAAGCUUUAUGAAUGCCCUGGUCUGGCAGUGGAUUUGAUGUUGCAUAAUGCCCUCACUUCUGUACAAAGUUGAGCUGAAGUUUCUUUCCUUGAACAUUUUGUGCAAAAUUUGUGUUCAAAUUUGAAUCGUUGGGGAGACUGAAGUUCGGAACACUGGAUUAGUUUUCUUUACCCAUAAUUCCUGUUCAGUUUCCCCACUCUGAAGCCAAACCUGAAGGCACAAUUCAGUUUUAUGUGAGAUUCCUAGCAUUUCGAAAUGUCUCGGUCUCAAAACUUACUGUUUUGGGUUAGAACUCCUAAACAAAUACAGCAAAUGAGAUUAUUAGACUUCGGUUUUAGUGAGAUGCCUGCCGUGCUUCUGGAGGUCUACCGUCCUGUAGGUUUUCAGUCCAACCCUAACAAAGCCACACCUCAUUCAACAGCUGAAGAUCUCAUUGAGCUGCUAAUUAGCUACAGGUGUUCCAAAUCAGGGUUGAAAUGGUGGAUCUCCAGGAGCAGGAUUUGGCAGCCCAGCUCUGAGCGAUUGUAAGGGUAUUUUUCAGCUGAAAGAACCUGGGUAGGUCUGCAAGUGCAGCACGCCAACAUGAAGCUUGUUAUCCUCCUGGCGUCGUCCUUGCUUUCAGCAGCCCACCCAAACGGCCCAGCUCCACCGUCAGGUAAGUUCUGGGCCCUCCGGCUACGGAUCUCCAUGGAUACGAGCCUGCUUUCCAGGCCUCGUGUGGACAUCCCAGAUCUGCUCGUUUCUUCUCAGUUGUACAGGCCGACCACAGAAUUCCUACGCACUGGACCGUGCAUGCGCAUUCCGGAUCCCAUUUACAACAACCUGCACGAUCCUCACCUGCGCCACUACUACCACCGGCAGGACAGGCGCAACAUGCUAAAGGAAGGAAACUUCAUCACAGAUGACAAUGAGGUGAUAUGCUCUUUGAAGGACUACAACACGUAUGAGGAGUACCUGAGAAGGCUCAAGAUGGUAGCAAACAAAACGUAUGAUCAGACACAGUCGGCGAAGAUGGAGAAGGUGAUGAGACUCCAGAAGAAAGGUCGCGUUCCCAGGGACGUGAGGCUGGAGGAAGUGAUGGAGUCCAUCCUGGAGGAAGACUCCGAGAACAUGAGGAAGCUCCUCCAAACCGAGGCAGCCAAGAGAAAACAGAAGGCACAAACGGAGGUGGAGGACGAGAACCGACGAAUCGAGGAGGCUCUAUACACAGAACUGGACCUGCUGAGCUGGACGGCCGAGGACCGCUCGCGGCUCGCGCUGCACGAGAAGCAGUACAGGCACGAGCAGAACCGCGAGAUCUACAUGCGGGAGGUCCGGGAACAGAAAGACCGAAGGAAACAAGCUCUGGUCAGUCGCAAGUGCUCCACCAAUCAGAGGAAGCUGCAGGAAAAGAUUCAAAUGUCCAAAGAGGCGGAGCUCAGGAGGCACAAAGCCGAAGGCCGGGAGGGGAGUUUUUGGGAGCUGCCGUCCGGGGAGCCCCAGUGCCUGCUGCCGAGCCGGCCGCGGGCGAGAGGCGCCGCCCCGCGAUCGGGAGCCGCCAGGGUGUACGGCGUCACCGCCUCCGAGGUCUUUCAGAAACUGCCCACCAUCCAGCGGACGGGCGCGAACGACCGGCAAAGGACGCUUCCGGAAAGGAAGGCGAAGGCCUCUCGGGAGAGCGCGGCGGUCGCCGGGCGCAACGCCGACCUCCCGGACGAGGAGCUGGGCGAGCCGUCGCCGGGCUCGGACCCCCAGGGCCUGCUCCCGCUGAGGCCGCGGCUGGGCCGCCCCGCCCUGAGAUCCGGCGCCGGGAGGGUGUACGCGGUCCGGGCCUCCGACGCCUUCCAGAAACUGCCUUCGCUGGAGUCGUCGAAAUGCAGCGACCAGUAGGAGGCGCUCUUCUAUAGCCAAAAGGAGUCUAAGCAAGACAACUCUAGGGAUCUGCCAGGUCAAAUUAAUUAGGGUAGUUGGGAGAUUACAUUGGGUUACGGAUGCCCUCUGCCAAAAUUCGUAAGAAGUCUCUGGGUCUGUGACACGUGGGGUAGCCAACGCAAAGACGUUUGCGUUUAAAUUGGGGGGGGGGGGUUGAGGAGGGGUCUGAGAACGUAGAAGCGGAAAGCACCGUGAUUGGACGGCAGACGAGGAGCAGGAGGUGAGGCCCAAUUGGAGGAGAUAGCUUGCCGCGCAGCCUAAACACAACCCAGGAGUUACUCAGAAAGAAUCACAAAAUCCAGUGCUUGUCUCAAGAUUGUUAAUGUUAAUAAAAGUGUUUCUCUGUCAGAUUCGUAAGCAAAUUUCAACGCUUCUAGUUUAAAAAAAAAAAAAACACUUGUCCAUCUGUUCCGGGGGUAAUUUCGUUCUUCUUGUGCAGACUUUGUUUGCGGGGUGUGCCUGGAUUGUGUGACUGGAUGCAGCAUGCAGGUCCUAAAUGUCAAAAUUGAAUUAAUUAAUUUAAUAAUAAAACAGACACUCUCAUAAAAUAAUAAAUACAAUAAAGUCAGAGGAACACAAGAACAUUCACAAACAGUGACCGUAAUGCAGUCAAAGCUUUAGUCAAUACGGAUUUCACAUGUGCACACACACACACAUACACCCACACACACACAUACCGACACGCACACGCACACAUUCACACGCAUGCACAGACGCACACAGACAUACACAUGCGCACAUGCACAUAUUCACACACACUUCUGUGGUCUGUUUAAUUUCUCUUUCAUUAAUCUUCUGGUUCUCACCCUAGCAUUUGCCACUCACGUAUUUAAACACAUACCAGUGCACUUUACUCACAUGCACGUACCCACAGUACAUACAUACAUAUUGCACCUUAUUCUCCGUCAUUGUGUAUUUACCUCCGCUUGCUGUCGCUGUCUCAUAUUUAAAGUACCGUAUUGAAAGAGAGAUGUUCAUACAAGUCCACGACGAAUGAGCAAUAACAUUGAACAAAGGGUGCUGGUUGUAGAGGAGUAUUGUGAAGGUCUGAAUCUGAAUCUUUGAUAGUUCUCAGAGAGUAGAGUUGAGUCUGGGUUGCUGGAUCCAGGAAGCACUCUUAAGAUCUAAGAGGUGAAUUUUCUGCCUGCUUCCGAAGAUGCCAGCGACUGAUUCGAUGGGGGCAGUUGCCAACUUGUUCUGGGCGGGGCUUGAGGGGGGCAGGACAAAAAGGAGAGAAAAAAUGACCUGAGGCUUCGGAGGUCUGAUUUGACUUCCCCAUGCUGGGCUCUGCCUGCUGAGUCCGGCUCCUCCCAAAAAUUUUUCGGAUAAGUCGAAGGAUCAUCUGUCUUGCCACUGUUGUUCCAGGCUUGCUUUCGUGUGCCUUUUAGGCUCGGGUUGUGACAAAUGAUUGGUAAAGUAUUCUGCAUCAGCACGUUUUCAUUUAAGCAGAUCAAAUCAUUUCCAUUUGAUAUGAGGAAACGGGCGUUUACUGUAGCUUGGUAGCUGAGGCUGUAGGGUUUGAUAAUAGCCUGUGGGUAGAGAUUUAUAAACGAACGACUUGUAGUUUAUUUGUGAAUUGCUGUUGUAUCUAAUAAUAUUGCCCUUGUUUACGGAGUACA